UGAAAAUAAUAACAACGACGACGCUGAGGAAUUAGGGUUUGGGGCGCGUCCAUCGCCAUUGUCCUUGCCAUCAACCUUGCGGAGCUGGCGUGCGUAUCACCUCUGCCUUAGUGUCGUCAUCGACGCAUGGGCUCAUCGACUUGGCCAUCCCUCUUGUCAACUUAAAAAGAGCAUUGGAAAUGCACCGAGUCGACCGCAUUACGUGGGCAUGCGAAGACAGUCUGUGUUGCCGAUAAGCUUAGUUUGGAGGGAGAGAUCGAGAGAUCGAGAGAGAGAUUCAUCCCGGGGGUAUUUGCCGAGAGAGGUCGUCCAGAUUGAUGGUUGUUUGGUGGCGCAAGUGCUUUCGGUUCAUUCUGCUCACUAUCAUCAUCAGCUGAUAUACCCCGUGGCCGCUCUGUAGGAUCAUCAUCGUGGUUCCGUCGGUUUUUUCGUUUCGCUUCCAGCCAUGAGGGCCUCCGUUAUUAGGCCGUCUACUCCUGAUGGCGAUGAAGAUAGGGAACCAGAACCCACGCUCCAGGAAAUGAUCAAUAUCAAGUUGACUGAGAGCGGGGAGAAAGAGAGAUUGAAGGAGUUGUUGCGGGAACGACUCAUUGAAUGUGGCUGGAGAGAUGAACUAAAGGCUCAGUGCAGGGCUUUUGCGGAAAAGAAGGGGCGUAAUAAUAUCACUGUGGACGAGCUUGUUCGCACGAUUACUCCCAAAGGCCGAAAUUGUUGCAGCUAUGGUGCCGGAUAACGUGAAAGCGGAACUGCUGCAAAGAAUUCGACACUUUCUCACCACUACGGCUGACCGCGUGGCAUGAACCUUCCCUAAGCGACAUGGGUCUCGAGUUUCCGUCCAUUCAACGACUUUCUAAGUUCGUCUGGUGGUCACUACGGUUUCUUUUACCAAUCCCUUCAAUUCUAUCUGUUUUUGCUUCAUGUACAUUAGCUUGGGUGCAAAUCUCAGGUAGGCGGUGCUUUACUCCCUUGCGGAUGGGCAACAAAGGUUGAUUGACCUUGUAUAGAGUAUUUUAGUCCAAAUCACUCUGAAAUCUUCCUGAAAAUUCUCAGGUUUAGGCUGGCCAUUGAGUUUAAUAGAUAUUGUACAAAAAAGAUGUUUGGAUUAACUAAAGGUGAACCAUUGGUUUCCCGAUGUGGUUGAUACCACUGUUAUUAUUCCAUUCGUAAUUUGGGUCAAGUAUAUCACCAUCAUACCGCGAAUUAGUAAUAUAAUUGAAUUUUUUAUUA